AGCGACGCAACGUACAGUGGGCGUGUUUUCGAGCAUGUAGGAAGCGACCAGUUUCGGAGACACAACAGAGCAGACAGCUGCGCAGACGGACUGCCUGUGGACAUGAACUCAAAACAGCAGGCAACACGUCUGCAAAACAGGCCUGUGUAAAGUCUGUUAACGUACACGGUGCAGCCUAAUAAGUGCGUCAUUUGGAAAAAGGUAAUUCAAAAUGUGGAUAACUCCGGAGGAGGUGUUGCUUGCUAACGCUCUGUGGGUGAGCGAAAGGGCGAACCCCUUCUUCAUUCUCCAGCGGAGAAAGGGCCAUGGCAAAGGAGGGGGCAUCACUGGUAACUAUGAAAUUCAAUUUUUUGGUGUAACUGCUUUCUGAAAAAUUUAAUUUGUGUUGGCUAAUGUCUUGCAUUAGUAAUGAGGGCUUUAGUAUAGCUAACUAGCAGGCUUGGAUGUUAGCAUGCUACCUAGCGCACAGGCUAGCUGUUGUGUUGACGUGGAAAAAGUGGAGCUAACUAGCUAACGUUAGCAUUGUUUCCGAGGUGGAAAACCAUUUUUCCCAGUCGGAGCCCCCUUUUUCCCCCCCAGAGUUCCCAGUUGUCAUGAACGCACUGAUGUCUGAACUUGGAGAUUUUUGAGUUCCUAGUUGUUUUGAACGCGGUAGAAGUAUGUGCAUUUUCUCACAUGCAUCGCUAAACAGUAACGUUACACAGCUAGUAGACUAUUGCUGCAUUCAUGAGAACUUGGAACUCAGCCAAAAGGCAACGGUCCACUUUUUCCAAAAACUUCACCCCUACUGUCACAGACUCAUCUUUUUCCUGAUACUCGGUGCAAGCCUCGAGAUCCGAGAACUUCACCACACCUACCGCCUCCGAUACUUCGCCCUCAUACACGUCAAUUUCUCCUCCUGUCUUCAGCUCACUUUGCUUACACUUUCUACUUUCUUCUUCAACAAACCAUCUUCCUUUUCCCGCAAUUUUUAACCGACUAAAGCACACCCUCUUCCUCCCUCUCUCUCUUAGGCCUCCUCUACCUCUUUUUCCCACCAUUCCUCCUCCAUAUUCCAAGUAUUGUCGAUAAUACUGCACUUCUACUGACAUAGGUCUUGUUCUUGCCUUCUCAAGGGACACCAUUUAACCGGCUGUCACAAUCUCAGUACAAUCAGCACCUCACAUGACCUCACCCCGGCAGAAUGUUGUCUACCACUUCCCUCAUCUAUCUAUUCUUUGUGUCCAACUCAGGCCUCUUUCUAGAGCUUCGACUUUUCAAACUGAAGAUCACUGACAUCAUGAUUCAACCUCGUUUUUUUCAGAGUUCCCAGAUGUCUUGAAAGCACCAUAUACUAAUUUAGCCAACUGGAGACCUUGCUAGCUAGCCCUGUCAUAUGACCACUUUGAAUUUGGAUGCUAUCAUAAAACACCAGAUAUACAGUUGAAGUCGGAAGUUUACAUACACUUAGGUUGGAGUCAUUUAAACUCGUUUUUUCAAACACUCCACAAAUUUCUUGUAAAGAAACUAUAGUUUUAGCAAGUCGGUUAGGACAUCUACUUUUCCCAACAACUGUUUACAGACAGAUUAUUUCACUUAUAAUUCACUGAUUCACAAUUCCAGUGGGUCAGAGGUUUACAUACACUAGGUUGACUGCCUUUAAACAGCUUGGAAAAUUCCAGAAAAUGAUGUCAUGCCUUUAGAAGCGUCUGAUAGGCUAAUUGACAUCAUUUGAGUUAAUUGGAGGUGUACCUGUGGAUGUAUUUCAAGGCCUACCUUCAAACUCAGUGCCUCUUUGCUUGACAUCAUGGGAUAAUCAAAAGAAAUCAGCCAAGACCUCAGAAAAAACAUUGUAGACCUUCACAAGUCUGGUUCAUCCUUGGAAGCAAUUUCAAAACGCAUGAAGGUACCACAUUCAUCUGUACAAACAAUAGUAAGCAAGUAUAAACACCAUGGGACCACGCAGCCGUCAUACCGCUCAGGAAGGAGACUCGUUCUGUCUCCUAGAGAUGAGUGUACGUUGGUGCGGAAAGUGCAAAUCAAUCCCAGAACAACAGCAAAGGACCUUGUGAAGAUGCUGGAGGAGACGGGUACAAAAGUAUCUACAGUGGGGGAAAAAAGUAUUUAGUCAGCCACCAAUUGUGCAAGUUCUCCCACUUAAAAAGAUGACAGAGGCCUGUAAUUUUCAUCAUAGGUACACGUCAACUAUGACAGACAAAUUGAGAUUUUUUCUCCCCAGAAGAUAACAUUGUAGGAUUUUUAAUGAAUUUAUUUGCAAAUUAUGGUGGAAAAUAAGUAUUUGGUCACCUACAAACAAGCAAGAUUUCUGGCUCUCACAGACCUGUAACUUCUUCUUUAAGAGAAUCCUCUGUCCUCCACUCGUUACCUGUAUUAAUGGCACCUGUUUGAACUUGUUAUCAGUAUAAAAGACACCUGUCCACAACCUCAAACAGUCACACUCCAAACUCCACUAUGGCCAAGACCAAAGAGCUGUCAAAGGACACCAGAAACAAAAUUGUAGACCUGCACCAGGCUGGGAAGACUGAAUCUGCAAUAGGUAAGCAGCUUGGUUUGAAGAAAUCAACUGUGGGAGCAAUUAUUAGGAAAUGGAAGACAUACAAGACCACUGAUAAUCUCCCUCGAUCUGGGGCUCCACGCAAGAUCUCACCCCGUGGGGUCAAAAUGAUCACAAGAACGGUGAGCAAAAAUCCCAGAACCACACGGGGGGACCUAGUGAAUGACCUGCAGAGAGCUGGGACCAAAGUAACAAAGCCUACCAUCAGUAACACACUACGCCGCCAGGGACUCAAAUCCUGCAGUGAAAGACGUGUCCCCCUGCUUAAGCCAGUACAUGUCCAGGCCCGUCUGAAGUUUGCUAGAGUGCAUUUGGAUGAUCCAGAAGAGGAUUGGGAGAAUGUCUUAUGGUCAGAUGAAACCAAAAUAUAACUUUUUGGUAAAAACUCAACUCGUUGUGUUUGGAGGACAAAGAAUGCUGAGUUGCAUCCAAAGAACACCAUACCUACUGUGAAGCAUGGGGGUGGAAACAUCAUGCUUUGGGGCUGUUUUUCUGCAACGGGACCAGGAUGACUGAUCCGUGUAAAGGAAAGAAUGAAUGGGGCCAUGUAUCGUGAGAUUUUGAGUGAAAACCUCCUUCCAUCAGCAAGGGCAUUGAAGAUUAAACGUGGCUGGGUCUUUCAGCAUGACAAUGAUCACAAACACACCGCCCGGGCAACGAAGGAGUAAGAAGCAUUUCAAGGUCCUGGAGUGGCCUAGCCAGUCUCCAGAUCUCAACCCCAUAGAACAUCUUUGGAGGGAGUUGAAAGUCCGUGUUGCCCAGUGACAGCCCCAAAACAUCACUGCUCUAGUGGAGAUCUGCAUGGAGGAAUGGGCCAAAAUACCAGCAACAGUGUGUGAAAACCUUGUGAAGACAUACAGAAAACAUUUGACCUGUGUCAUUGCCAACAAAGGGUAUAUAACAAAGUAUUGAGAAACUUUUGUUAUUGACCAAAUACUCUGUAGCUCAGCUGGUAGAGCACGGCGCUUGCAACGCCAAGGUAGUGGGUUCGAUCCCCGGGACCACCCAUACACAAAUACUUUAAUUCAGAUAUCUCUCCCUCAAGUCCUUGUCUAAAGGCUUUAGCACCACUGCAGCUGUGUUGGCUUUCUAUCUGGAUGACUGCUUUUGCUGACGAGUUCUAGGAACAUACGCCAGGUCUUAGACUAGCCUACAGUAAAUAACCCGCCACGUACAACAGUAAAAUGUAGGCAAUGAAAUAGUACAUCAUGUAGAAAUUCUUGAGGUGUGUGCGCGUGCGUACACACACGUGACUUUCAAUGCAUGUCUGUAUUAUCUGACAUUGGGCCUCAACAGGCGUUGGACUUCCUCACGCAACCUAAAAAAAAUGGAUGUCAGUUCAUAUCUAGGCCAAAUAACCUUUGUUAACCCAGAAAGUAGAUUAAAAGUCACCCAUGCAAAGUUAGGACUCCUCCAGCCAGCUAUUUUAAUAUUUUGCAUGGUUGACCUGUAGUCUCCAAUUGGGAUUCAUGCCUAAUUUGUUGUGCUGUUUUUCUUUAGGGUUGUUGGUGGGCACCAUGGAUGUGGUCCUGGACUCCAGUGCCAGAGUGGCUCCCUAUAGGAUCCUGCACCAGACAGGGGACUCCCAGAUCUUCUGGAGCAUCGCGUGUGGUGGGUACAAAACCAUGCCACGACACCUCUGAAUAUUCUGGGAUAGCCAAACUGUUUUGAAGCUAGCUUAUUUAAAUAAAACGAUAAAAAGCACUAGGCCUAUAUAAAUGCGAUCCAUUAUCAUCAGGUCUAAAGAGACCUCUCCUUGAUGUGGGGAAAUACUGUGUUUUCCCAGGCUCCUCCCGGAAGGAGAUCACAGAGCACUGGGAGUGGCUGGAGACCAACCUGCUCCAGACGCUCUCCAUCUUCGACAAUGACGAAGACAUCACCACCUUCGUCAAGGGGAAGAUCUCGGUAGGCACUGCUGCCACAAAGCAUAGUUCAACCUCAUAGAAUUAGAACACAUUCCAAUUCUAUGGUCAAACCUUGGGUUAGUCUAUGUCUUAAUUGUUGCUCCCGUGUUAUGUAAGCUGCUGACUCAGUUCCUCUAUUAAGAACAGAUCUAUGCGUCAUUGUCACAUUGACUGAAAUCCACACGAUCUGGAAAAUGUCAUUCUAAGUGAUGUGUUCAUGCACAUUGGCACAGAAUCUGAACUCCCUCUUCUUCCACUCUUUCUAUCUAGGGCAUCAUCGCAGAGGAGAACAAGAGCAAAGCGGCCCAGGAGGACGAGGACUCUGGCAAGUUCCGCGAGGCCGAGCAGAAGAUGAGAAAGCUGUUUGGCAUGCCCGGCGAGGAGAAGCUGGUCAACUACUACUCGUGUAGCUACUGGAAAGGCCGUGUGCCCCGCCAGGGCUGGGUCUACCUCAGCGUCAACCACCUCUGCUUCUACUCCUUCCUCCUGGGGAAAGAAGGUGAGUGUGUGUGUGUGCUCGCCCGCCCGACAUGCAUAGGAUGUGUGUGAGCAUGCGUCUGAGAACGAAUGAAAUGUGCAGUAUAUGGGCAGCGAUCUUAAGAGAAUGGGGGCUUAGAGAGAGUGUGUGAAAGGACAUACAGUGUUGUGUUUGUGCGUGUGUUGAGGUAGCCCCACUUCAGCAGCUACCCCCAGCAAAUUGAAUUCUCUCAAAUGGAAUUCUAUGAAAUCUACCUCUUUCUUCCUCUCUACUGUACACCUUCUAUCUCUCUCCCUCUUAUCCCUCUCUCCGUCUUCCUUUCUCUCUCCUCCCGUCCCCCCUCUCCCCUUAUAGUGACUCUGGUGGUGCAGUGGACGGAGGUGACCCGUCUUGAGAAGAACGCCACGCUGGUGUUCCCGGAGAGCGUGCGGGUGAGCACGCGGCACACAGAGCACUACUUCUCCAUGUUCCUCAACAUCAACGACACCUUCAAGCUCAUGGAGCAGCUGGCCACCAUCGCCAUGCGCCAGCUGCUGGACAACGAGGGCUUCGCCGCCGACCGCUCGCUGCCCAAGGCGUGCAAGACGCUCAAGAACGUCUCGGCACUCAAGAGGUACGAGGUUUCAAGGUUCAAGAGAGAUGAGUCAGGAAUUUCAUUCUUUUUCUGACCAUAAUUGAUGUUUUCACUGAAAUGGAGGGUUCUUCCAAGAACUUGCUUGUUCAACCUCCAGAGAACAGGGGUAGGCAAUUCAGGUCCUGAAAGGCAGCAGGGUGUGUAUUGUUCCUCCUAACACACCAGAUUUCAUAAUAAUGGUCCUCAAUUUUCUGCAUCUCACCGAUACAUAACUUUGAAGACAUUAUUUUUUUUCAUGUGUACAUAUUUACCGUAUCUGUACUUGUUCAUGCUAUGCUAAUUUACUCCUCUCCUGUCUCACUAUUGGAUAUCAACUUCAGGGACCUGGACGCACGGGCCAAGAACGAGCGCUACAGGGCGCUGUUCCGCCUGACCCCGGACGAGCGCCUGGACGGACACACAGACUGCACGCUGUGGACGCCCUUCGCCAAGAUGCACAUCGUGGGCCAGCUGUUUGUCUCCAACAACUACAUCUGCUUCUGCAGCCGUGAGGAGGACCUCUGUCAACUCAUCAUCCCCCUCAGAGAGGUACCUACACACACACAACACAAGCAUGCCCUUUUCUUUCGUUUCCGGCAUCCUGCCUCUCUCUCUUUCCCUAUAUCCUGCCUCUCUGUCUGUCUCUUUCCCUAUAUCCUGCCUCUGUCUCUCUCUUUCCCUAUAUCAUAUCUCUCUGUCUCUUUCCCUAUAUCCUGCCUCUCUUUCCCUAUAUCCUGCCUCUGUCUCUCUCUUUCCCUAUAUCCUGCCUCUGUCUCUCUCUUUCCCUAUAUCCUACCUCUGUCUCUCUCUUUCCCUAUAUCCUGCCUCUGUCUCUCUCUUUCCCUAUAUCCUGCCUCUCUCUCUCUUUCCCUAUAUCCUGCCUCUCUGUCUCUCUCUCUUUAUCCUGUCUCUUUCCCUAUAUCCUGUCUCUCUCUCUUUCCCUAUAUCCUGCCUCUCUGUCUCUCUCUUUCCCUAUAUCCUGUCUCUCUCUCUUUCCCUAUAUCCUGUCUCUUUCCCUAUAUCCUGUCUCUUUCCCUAUAUCCUUUCUCUUUCCCUAUAUCCUGCCUCUGUCUCUCUCUUUCUCUAUAUCCUGCCUCUGUCUCUCUCUUUCCCUAUAUCCUGCCUCUGUCUCUCUCUUUCCCUAUAUCCUGCCUCUCUGUCUCUCUCUCUCUCUUUAUCCUGUCUCUUUCCCUAUAUCCUGUCUCUCUCUCUUUCCCUAUAUCCUGUCUCUCUCUCUCUCUUUCCCUAUAUCCUGCCUCUGUCUCUCUCUUUCCCUAUAUCCUAUCUCUCUCUCUUUCCCUAUAUCCUGUCUCUCUCUCUCUCUCUUUCCCUAUAUCCUGUCUCUGUCUCUUUCCCUAUAUCCUGUCUCUUUCCCUAUAUCCUGCCUCCCUCUUUCUCGCGUUUUCUUUCUGGCAAUCUUUUUCACUCUCACUUUCUCACCCUCUGUCUAUCUGUCUUUCUUUUUUCACGGGUGACAUAACAUACCCUCGUGGGAUGUGCCUAAUGUUCUUAAAGUUGUACAUUAGAUCAAUAAGUAAAUAAACAAAGCACUCUCCCCUCCCCUUUCUCUCUCUCUCUCCCCAUCGUUCUCCUCCCUCCUUCUCUCUAGGUGUCCAUUGUGGAGAAGGCAGACAGCAGCAGCGUCUUGCCCUGCCCCGUGUCCAUCAGCACCAAGAACAAGAUGACCUUCCUCUUCGCCAACCUCAAAGACCGUGACUUCCUGGUCCAGCGCAUCUCCGACUUCCUGCAGCGCACACCCGACAAGCUGUGGAGCGACAGCCACCCGCUGGCCCUCAGUAGCUAUUCAGUGAGUCAAUCAGAGGGGAUGUGUGCUGUUUGGGUGGGCCCUUUGAACUGUCAGUCACACUCUGUCGUGAAAGAGUAGGGUUGCAAAAUUCUGAUAACUUUCCCCAAAUUUCCUGAAAUCCUGGUAGGAAGAUUUCCGAUUUCCUGCUUAUUCACUCCUGAUUCUGUGAAUGUUCCAACUGUGAUUUCUGGAAAGCCUGGGAAUUUGUGGAAAGUUACCGUGAUUUUUGCGACCCUAUGAACGAGAUUGUGAUACAUAAUAUGGCUUUUUGAUGUAUUCUGUAAUCUUUCCGCUACUUUCUAGAUGACAUUAAUAUGAUAUAAACACUCAUUCACGGUCAUGCUUUUGGCCAAAUUACUUCUUUGAAUGCAUUCGUUUAUUACAUACUGUAUAUCGAAAUGUCCUUAUAUUCUCUCCCACCUUACUUAUUUUUUUUGCAUGACAGGAUAUCCAGCUGUUAUGUUUUAGCUCAUAAUACCCCUUUAAAUCCACUAUCUCCUCUUUCUCCCCAGGGUUCUCCCAGCCCCAGUACCACCCCUCUCUCCUCCAGCCUCCCCACACCCACGGGUGCAGCAGGGGAACCGUCCCAGGGUCGUCACUACAGCCCCAGCCUGCCAACAGCCACACAGGGCCUGCUCCGCAUCUACCAGAAGGACGACCCAGAGGACCACGGACCCAAAGCUGUAAGUCCAACCCCACUCCCAGACCCACGUCAACGGCUUAGACUGUCUUAUGCUCUUAGAAUAUCCUACCCGUUUUUUAUAGGGUUUUAUUAUUUCAGUGUGGUCUCUAUGUUUGAUGCUUUAGAAUGUAGGCUAAUGUAUGCCGUAUCUAUGGUUCUGGUCCUAUCAUGGUUAACAUUACAUGAGAGGAAAUGUUAUCUUAGCCAAGUGUAUGCAUAGGCAAGCUUGAAAUUUGACACUUGAAGGCCACCAUCUGUUCAUCUAUCUAGCUCUGCUUUAGGUUCCCAAACUCAAGGAUUGUAAGUCAGGCCUGAUUCAUUGGAAACGGUGCCCGCAUCGACAUUCGUUAACUUAGUAGUAGCUCUUUGACUUUGUUUGCUUUGCUCAUGGUGCCAAAGGAACAUGGACACCAUGGCCUUACAGCAUUCUGGUCAUUGAUCACCAAUGUCAUUAUAUUGUUAUAACAUACCUUUAGCUUGAUGUCUUUUUUUUUGGGGGGGGGGGGUCAUACUGAUAUACUGACCCCCCCCCCCUUCUAUUUCUUUCUCCUUCUCAGACCAAGGAGAAGAUGAAAGAGGAGUCGUGGAACAUCCACUUCUUUGAGUUUGGCAGGGGGGUGUGUAUGUACCGUACCUCGAAGACCAGAGAGCUGGUGCUCAACGGGAUCCCUGAGAGCCUCCGAGGGGAGCUAUGGCUGCUCUUCUCAGGUAGACAUCUUGUUUUCUACAAUUUAAUUUCUAGAAUUUUCUCAGCCUAUAUCUCCCCAAAGAGUAAAUGCUUUUCAUGGAAGGUUUUGGGUUAGCCCACAUAGAAACCAUGCUCCAUUUAGCAAAUGUCUUAACUGGAGCAUCCCAAUAUGCAGUCAUUGCACUCAGUUUUUCUGAUGGAAGUCACGAUACAUUCCUAAACUUCUGCUUUGGCUGUGUAGUCUAUAUGUGGCCCAUGGUUCCAACCACUAGGCCACUCCUACUCUAGCACAGAUGCACUAUGUCUUUGGGCUGUUUUUGGCAGAACCUCUAUGGGGUUUCAAACCACCAACCACAACCACAAGUAGGUAUCAUUGCAGAGGAACUCUCCCUCCAAAUGGUUUCUGUUCUUGUACCAGUUCUCAAAGACACCACUAAGCAUCUUCAGACUAGCUUUGAGGGUUAAAGUUUGGUUUAGGUGGAGCUGGCAGAAAGCCAAUAGGCCUGUACUGUGAAGUCAACAGAAUUGUAGAUUGUAAGGGUGAGGUAGAUCAUUUACCAAAUAGAAACAAAUACAUGCAAUAAUAAUCUAUAAGGUUUCUUCAAACAUGAUGAUUUUGAAUGGCAGCAUUUGAAGGUUGAAUAUACACUAUAUAUACAAACGUAUGUGGACACCCCUUCAAAUGAAUGGAUUCGGCUAUUUCAGCCACACCUGUUUCUGACAGGUGUAUAAAAUCGAGCACACAGCCAUGCAAUCUCCAUAGACAGACAUUGGCAGUAGAAUGGCCUUACUGAAGAGCACAGUGAUUUUCAAUGUGGCACUGUCAUAGGAUGCCACCUUUCCAACUAGUUAGUUCGUAGCACGUAAAAAUCAUCUGUCCUCGUUUGCAAGACUCACUACCAAGUUCCAAACUGCCGCUGGAAGCAACGUCAGCACAAUAACUGUUUGUCAGGAGCUUCAUGAAAUGGGUUUCUAUGGCCGAGCAGCUGCACACAAGCCUAAGAUCACCAUGCGCAAUGCCAAGCAUCAGCUGGAGUGGUGUAAAGCUCGCCGCCUUUGGACUCUGGAGCAGUGGAAACACGUUCUGUGGAGUGAUGAAUCACGCUUCACCAUCUGGCAGUCCGACAGACGAAUCUGGGUUUGACGGAUGCCAACAGUAAAGUUUGGUGGAGGAGGAAUAAUGGUCUGGGGCUGUUUUUCAUGGUUCGGGCUAGGCCCCAUAGUUCCAGUGAAGGGAAAUCUUAACCCUACAGCAUACAAUGACAUUCUAGACGAUUCUGUGCUUCCAACAUUGUUGCAACAGUUUAGGGAAAGCCCUUUCCUCUUUCAGCAUGACAAUGCCCCUGUGCACAAAGCAAGGUCCAUACAGAAAUGGUUUGUCGAGAUCGGUAUGGAAUAACUUAAGUAGCCUGCACAGAGACCUUACCUCAACCCCAUCAGACACCUUUGGGAUUAAUUGGAGCGCCGACUGCGAGCCAGGCCUAAUCGCCCAACAUCAGUGCCCGACCUCACUAACGCUCUUGUGGCUGAAUGGAAGCAAGUCCCCGCAGCAAUGUUCCAACAUCUAGUGGAAAGCCUUUCCAGAAGAGUGGAGGCUGUUAUAGCAGCAAAGUGUGGACCAACUCCAUAUUAAUGACCAUGAUUUUGGAAUGAGAUGUUCGACGAGCAGAAUAUUCUAGCCUAGGCUACAUUUAUUUUGAAUAAGAUGCAUCUGUGAAUACAGGCUUUAAAAAUUAAACAAAUAAAAAGUGCAAUGAAGAACCAUUCAGACUAUUUUUGUUUUCGUUAUAUUAACCUACCUUAAGGUUUCUGGCAAGAAACACAAGCAUGUUCACCUUUUCUGGCUUUAAUAGACUACGGAGUGGGGUAACAAUUUUGCCUACUGAAAACACGUUCAGACGGAACGCUUUUUGCACAGAUUCAGAGGUAUUUGAGGGCGAUGUUGGCCAAGAGCGGAAAGCGACCCUCAUUCCCUCUCCACGAUGCCAGUGGGUCAUCAUCUCCUCCGAUUACAUCUUAGAGAAGGUAGGAUGUGAGCUCUGCGCUGGCCCACUGUUGCGCACUGAGUGUGACUGUUUGCUUAGUUCUCCCAAGAAGACUGCCCAGUGAUGUCUUCUAUUGUGAACAUGCACACUCUAUCAGGGGAAAUUGUCCGAAAUCACCAUUGAAAGGGUCUCGUAUCACACUGUAGCCUACAACGUUUGGUUCCAAAUCACCAUUCAAAAUUAUCGGUACCACAUUGGUUGAUAUUUAUUAAUUUGCACUCAAGAAAAUACAAUAUUGGUAAGAUGAUUUCCACAUUGUAGUCUAAUGAAUAGACUUUAAAAUCGGUGGUUUGUGCAUGACACAGGCUGCAUUACAGAUUGUUUACUGCAUUGCAACGCAGCGCUGCCCCAAGUAAAAUAAAAAUAGAUGAUACAAUCGUAUCUUGACAAUGUUUGGAUGGGACGAUGUGUCAUUCCAGACAUCGCCCAACCCUAGUGUAAAGCUCGCUGCCAUUGGACUCUGGAGCAGUGGAAACGUGUUCUCUGGAGUGAUGAAUCACACCUUAAACUUAUUUGCACUGUAAUUUAUUUGGUUAAUUUUGUACUUAUUUUGUUUAUUUAUUUUGUAAUUUGUAGCCUAUUCAAAUGUGUGUUAUUCUUUUAAUAGGCAACAUUUAUUUUUUGUUACUGCUUAUCGAAAUUGCUGCUGUGGGAGCUUAUGUAAUGCCCCUUGCACAAUUCAAGGAUAGGAAUAAACACUUCCACAAUAAUCUAGAUAUCUGUUUAGAAGUUUAACAAUUAACAUUUACUGCACAUUUUAUUGACAGUAGCCUAGUGUAGGCCUAUAUUAUUGGCUGUUUGGUUUGCAAGGAUUUUCCGGUGGCACACAAUUUGUUUCUCCUAAAGCUUUGGUCAGGUGGAGGCCAGAAACUUAUACGGGUUGUUUAAACUUCUCAUUCUAUUAUUCUGUCUUGCAAUUGUCGGUUCUCUCUCUCUCAUGAUUACCAUAUCAUGUUUUUAUUUAGGCUAUUCGCAAACACAACUUUCUGAGAUGGAACUCUGUUACUGGCCUCCUAGAUUCAUUUGAAAGUUGAUCAUGAAAGAUAUGCUUAGACCAACAAGUGACAUUCAAAUAAAAUGGGGAUUGGGACAAAAAGGGAAUUUUAAGCUUUUAAAACAAGCCAGAGAUCGUAGUGUCCGCUGCAAAAGGCCCAUGAUCAUCCGACAUUGGAGAGGUGAGCGAGAUAAAUGUUACCUGACAUUUUGCGCAUCUUUUGGCACACUCCGCUCCAUCUAUAAUCUUUGUAGGCCUACUCUUGCAUUAUGUUAAUAGUAGGAUAAGUCUACCUACAUAUUUAUAGAAAAAGGCUAUGGCGAAUAGGAAGGUCAUUCGGCGUGUUCCUCGGCUGUGAGCUGCACUGUUUUGCGCUGCCCGACUCCGGCGGUGUCAGUCAUGUUCAAAUAGGUUAAACUAUCGUCUGUAAAAAAAAAAUAUAUAUAUAUAUAUAUAACUAUUGUGUCACAUCACAAUGUCGUUGCCAUCGAUGAUGUCUUUUAAACAUCGUUGAUUUAUAUCGUAGUAUCGGCCAACCCUACUUUACACCACUCCAGCCGAUGCUUGGCAUUGCACAUGGUGAUCUUAGGCUUGUGUGCGGCUGCUCGGCCAUGGAAACCCAUUUCAUGAAGCUCCAAACGAACAGUUCUUGUGCUGACUUUGCUUCCAGAGGCAGUUUGGAACUCGGUAGUGAGUGUUGCAACCGAGGGCAAUUUUUACGCGCCACACGCAUCAGGAUUCUGCGGUCCCAUUCUGUGCGCUUGUGUGGCCUACCACUUCGAAGCUGAGCUCCUAGACAUUUCCACUUCACAAUAGCAGCACUUACAGUUGACCGGGGCAGCUCUAGCAGGGCAGAAUUUUGACCAGCUGACUUGUUGGAAAGGUGGCAUCCUAUGACGGUACCACUUUGAAAGUCACUGAGCUCUUCAGUAAGGCCUUUCUACUGCCAAUGUUUGUCUAUGGGGAUUGCAUGGCUGUGUGCUCAAUUUUAUACACCUGUCAGCAAUGGGUGUGGCUGAAAUAGCCGAAUCCACUAAUUUGAAAGGGUGUCUUCAUGCUUUUGUGUAUAUAUAGUGUACAUCAGCAUUCUGUUGGUCUCGAGGAAAGCACUCACUCCUACCUUGUGACCUGAAGGUAGUGUGUUUCAGUGUCUCUGUUGCCAUGGUGACUAGGGAAGUGUUGUUGUUGCCUCGUGGUGCGACGUCACCAAGCUGACCCCUCCCCUCCGUCAUUCCUGUCUGACUCAUCUGGGAUCAGCUGACCAACUAUAUUCCUGAGUCAUGCGGCCUAGCUAAGCAAGGGUUACGCAAUAAUGACAACCUAGAAACUGAGCCCUUAGAUUGUGUUGCUAUGUGGAUGUGUUUUCAUACUUUGGCUGUGUCCUCUUUGUAAAAUGAUAAGCACUUAAUAAACAGGGCUCAAUGACCAGGAUUGUGUCCUGCAAUGAUAUCUGGAGUGAGAGUCAAUGACUAGUCUGUUUUCAGGAAUCCGUCAGCUUUGUGUUUUCUAGAAAAUAUGUAAAGUUAGCCCAUGUUGUUGUUGAUACAAGAAACUACCAGUUAUACAAUGGGUAGAAUCAAAAGGAUCUAAACAUUAGAUAAUUUGCUGACUGACAUCCAUAUUGACUGAAUCUGCCUUAUAAUCCAUUGAAUUAACCCUUUUACUACCAUCCAUCCAUCCAUCCCCUCUCCAGGAGCUCAGAAUGAGAUGGCCACCCACCCUGGCUACUAUGCUGAGCUGGUGGAGCAGGCCAUGGGCCGCUGUACCCUGGCCACAGAGGAGAUCGAGAGGGACCUGCAUCGCUCCAUGCCCGAGCACCACGCCUUCCAGAAUGAGAUGGGCAUCGCUGCCCUCCGCAGGGUCCUCACCGCCUACGCCUGCCGCAACCCUGGCAUAGGAUACUGCCAGGUAUGCCAACUUGUUUACGUUACUUACUUAGGCUCAUCGCUCUCCAGGGAGUAUCAUAGGCCAUCGACGACUCUCUAUCACACUCAGUCUUGUUCCAUCUUAUGCCAGAUCUUUUGGUGUCUGCUUCAAGCUCCCGCUGUCAGGUGUUUCUUGGGUGCCCCCCUCUUCCGUUUUCCUUGUGGGUUCCAGGAUGGAGCUUGCCUGGUGACGUUGGCAACUUGUUAGGUUCCUUUUUGUUGUUAAACGUUAAAACCAAUAAACAUGGUCAUUGGCUGUGAGACGUUAUGAGAUUUCUUACACUUUUACAGUUUGUUACUUAGGCCUAUCUGUUAUAUUUAGAAACUUCUCUGUAAUGUACAAUUGGUUCCAGAUAGUGGCCAAUUGAGUUGGAUGCUUUGAAGUAGUUGAAAGAACUCAAUGUAAGGCUAAAGUGGAAUUAAAUUCCUGGAAAAUGCCAUCUGAAACAGACUGACUGUUUGAGUUGACUGUGAAACAUGAAAAGCUUCAAGCUGAUAAUGAGAUUGGAACUAAGGCCUAGUGUCCUAAGCAUUCCCUGGAAAUAGUGAUUGAAUGAAAUGAGACAGGGAAACAGGCUUUCCAUUAGUAAAAUGUGGCACUGGAAUUUUUUUUAAUUUACAGGACAUUUCAGAAAUGUACUGGACCCAUAUGUGUUGGGUGAGUAAUCUGAUUAAGGCGUCCACCCACGGUGCUCAGAAUUACAGAAAUCACAUUUAGAUUAUGGUCAUUCAUAUUAACAGGACAUGCAAGACGAGGAUGCAACGAUGUGCAGUUCUUAUCGAAUUCUGAUGUGCACUUCGAAGAUGUUAGAAUAACUGUCCACAUUUACUUUUCCUCAGCGUAACGAAUAGCAAAAUCACUAGCUUAUGUCAAUCUAAUAUCCCCCAUAAAAGUUAACCUAUUCUAUUGGUCAGCUUGUCGGGAAAGAAACAGCCUAUUCCAAACAGACUUUGGGACAGUUGUGGGACGAUGGAUCCCAAAUUCAUACAACCAGUUGGCCUAGGCUACAUAAAAAAUAGAAAGUAAAAAAUCAAUGAGUCUGAUGCAACAGAUCAGAACGUUUAGCUUAAAAUGUUGAUAAACUUUUAUUUCUUCACAUUUAUAAGCGUAGCAAUACGCACAAGGCAGUAGACUACGCGCGAAUGUUUGUUCCAUAAUGCUAAUAGCGGUGUAAAAAGGCACCGCACAUGCCAGUGGUUUCAUAUGACAGAGAGGAAAUUAUCCGUUAGAAAUUUAGAAAGCGGGGAGAUCUAAUAUGCAACAACUAGCACGGGCUGCUAAUAUGACUAGGAUUGUGCCUUUGGCUACUGGACGACGAAAUAAAGUUGAAUAUAAAAGAAUUGCCUCCACUGAUAUGGUCUGAUUUUGACUAGGCUACUUUGAAGCAAGGUUAAAACGUUCAGGUUCCAAACAAUUACCGUAUUUUCCGCACUAUAAGGCGUACCGGAGUAUAAGCCGCAGCAGCUAAAUUGAAUGAUAUUGAAUGAUGUGUACAUAUAUAAGCCGCACUGGACUAUAAGCCACAGGUGUUUUAAUGUUUAAUUACCAUAUGUAAGGGUUCGUGCACAGAGGGGAUUGCCGGGAAAGAGACAAACUGUCUCGCUCUCGUAAUGUCUGUCUGUCUUGCUCUCGUUCUGUCUCUCGUUCUGUCUCUCGUACCACUCUCGGUUCCACUUUUACUUUUGCGCGCUACCUGUCUCACUCUUUUCCGGCCUCCAGCUUUUCCUGCUGGAGCCCGCCGCUUAAAGGUGGGGGGCGCGGACCGGUCAUAGAGCCCAUAGAGUUAAAGUUGGUGGACUGUAACCUGUAAAGUCCAUAGAUUUAGGAGGUCUUCUAGUGGCCGUUAGCUGUAAAAAUCCAUAGAUUAGCCGCACCGUUAUAUAAACCGCAGGGUCGAAAAAUGGGAAAAAAGGCGCGGCUUAUAGUCCAAAAAUUACGGUAAGUAUAUGUUUUCAAAAUGCAUACUGUGUCCAGCUCAUUGUUUGAUAUGUUGUAGCAGCAGCGCUCGCGCUGUCUGACAGAUUUUCUGCUCAACGGCUCUGUAUGCUGUACAUGUGUGAUAAAUAAGAUGCAUAACGAAUAUACUGUACACGCACCAAUUUAAUUCCACAAAAUUUUGCAAAUGUACCUACAGACGGAUAAGCAUGACCAGUCAAAUGUAAUUACAUCAACUGGUAUUUCCGUCAAUGAAUAGGCGAAAAAGCAUUAUUUCACAAUGGGAUUUGUUCGUCUUCUCCGGGACAAUUAGCCGGCGCCAAUUUUAUUUUCUAAUUUUUUUAUCAGCCAAAAGCCGCCUAUUACCAGCUAGCGGAAACCGUGCAAGGAAACUACUGUAGUCUGGUGGUCUAUUCUUUACUGUGAGGCUAUUAUGUCUGCCUGUUUUCGUCUCUGAUUCUUCCUUCUCUUCAGUUUGUCUUGUUGUUAAUUCUAAAGUCGAGCAGACGGUAUCGGAGCAAUGAGGUCUGAUGCCAACAGACUUAGAGACAGCUUCUAUCUACAAGCAAUCAGACUGCUGAACACACUGGACUGACCACCUGCUCUGAUUCUCCUCACCAUAGCACUCAUGCACACAACCACACAGAGAGAGAGAUAUAUACACACACAUACACACAUCACAACUGCUGCUACCAGACUCUUAUUAUACUGCUCAAUGUCUACACUUCCUCCCCCUUCCCCAAAACACGUGUAAAUAUUGGACUAUAAAUUGUGCCUUCCUGUAUUAUACUGAUGCUCAAAUCUUUUCUAUUCUAUUGCCAUUUAUUUUAUUUUCGUAUUCUUAUCUUUUAUUAUUUCUUAUUGUCGUUAUAUUGUCGAGAAAGAACCUGCAAGUAAGCAUUUCAUUGGAAAGAUGUAUACCAUGCGUAUCCCGUACAUACAACUAAUAAAACUUGCAACUACAAAUUCAGUAAGACAGGAAAUGAUGUUUGUGAUGCUGCACAAGCAGAAGAGUUGUACAUAAUGAUCGACGCCUGUCCUCUCCAGGCGAUGAACAUUGUGACGUCGGUGCUGCUGCUGUACUGUACAGAGGAGGAGGCCUUCUGGCUGUUGGUGGCUCUGUGUGAGAGGAUGCUGCCUGACUACUACAACACAAGGGUUGUGGGUGAGUGACGGCUAGACUGGCAAUAGAAAAGCAAAGCCACUAAUUACCAUAGAAAUAGAAUGAUUUCUGAAGGCUCUAAGAGUGAUAACUCAGUAGUUGGUAUGGGCUGGGGUCGAUUCAGUUUUGAAAAGGACUUUUCAUUGCAUGAAUUAAAUUGUACUUGUCUUCCUAAAAUGAAUUGACCCCAACCUUGAUGCAUAGGUUUGGAAUGUAUGGAUGUCUUUUUAAUUAUCCCCCUCCCCCAGGUGCUCUCGUCGACCAGGGUGUAUUUGAGGAGCUGACUCGUGAGUGCCUCCCCCUCCUCUACGAGCACAUGCAGGAGCUGGGCGUCAUCUCCACCAUCUCCCUCUCCUGGUUCCUCACGCUGUUCCUCAGCGUCAUGCCCUUCGACAGCGCCGUGCUCCUGGUCGACUGCUUCUUCUACGAGGGCAUCAAGGUCAUCUUCCAGGUGGCGCUGGCCGUGCUGCACGCCAACAUGGACACGCUGCUGGGUUGCACCGACGAGGGAGAGGCCAUGACCAUACUGGGACGGUGAGUGGGGGGUGGGAGAAACAGAUGGAAGGAGGGCAUGGAGGGGCCAUUUGCUAGUCUGCACCGACGAGGGAGAGGCCAUGACCAUACUGGGACGGUGAGUGGGGGGGUGGGAGAAACAGAUGGAAGGAGGGCAGGGAGGGGCCAUUUGCUAGUCUGCACCGACGAGGGAGAGGCCAUGACCAUACUGGGACGGUGAGUGAGGGAUUUGCCAUAUUGCGCUGGACUGAGAAAUAUUGGUUGUUCCCUCUUUUUCUCUCUCUCAGGUACCUGGACAAUGUUGUGAACAAGCAGACUGUGUCUCCUCCCAUUCCCCACCUCCACGCCCUGUUGACCAGUGGUGAUGAACCACCGCCUGAGAUUGACGUGUUUCAGCUCAUCAAGUCAUCCUAUGACGUAAGACAAGUGCUCCCAGCAUGACUAGUAGAGCCAAAUUACUUUUUCACUGAAAAUGAAUUCCAUUCUUAGUUCUUGAAGACAAUUCGCUUGUUUACUGAAUCGCAUAGAACAAGGAGAGAUUGAUGUAGAUUCUACAAAUCAGUGACUUUGGGAUACAUUUGUAACCGACUCUAUUGAAAGCUAUUUAACUUCUCUAACACCUGCCUUUUCCCUCUGUUUCUGUGUCCCUGAGCAGAAGUUUGGAAGUCUGCGUGCUGAUGUCAUCGAGCAGAUGAGGUUCCAGCAGAGGUUAAAGGUUAUCCAAUCGCUGGAGGACACCGCGAAGAGGAGCGUGGUGAGUUCAUAUGUCAAAGAAGUGACCGUGAUUGAAGCGCUUGGUGACAUUGGUUUCUUUGUCUCGUUGCGUUGAUGGUUGUAGUUUGAUGUUGACAAAUUAAUUUCAUAGCAUUGAGAUUACUCUUCAUUCCAACCUUCGCUUAAUAAUGAUCUACUGUCGAUAUCAGAUGUAUUGAAUAGGGGAUGUUAAGGUUGGAACAAAAACAUGUCCAUGCAGGAGUCUUACAGUGCCUACUUGGUCCAAUGUGCCAUAGCCAGAGGUAUUUCUCUGUCUGGUGUAAAGCUGUGUGUCUGUCCACAGGUGAGGGCCAUCAUGACCGACUCAGCCUUUAGCAUCGAGGAGCUAGAGGAACUCUAUGUUUUCUUCAAGGUGAGAAAUCGGCAUAAUUAUUACCGCCCCUGUGGCUUUUUACACCAUUACCUAACACUGGUCUUGAACAUUUUAUUCAUCAAGUUUUCUCUGUUAGCAAUGUUCUAAACACAGGUGUGGCAACUUAGUGUGUUGGGUGGUAAAUAAUAGUUGUUUGUUGUGCCAUGUUGGUCAUGGUUGUGGUGAUGAUAACAGGUCACACAGCUGUCACACGUUAGGUGUUGUCCAACCAAGCGAGCCAUUAUCAAUAGACUGAGAACAAAACAAGUUGUGGCUCCUGCUCCAAACAAGUGUAAACCUGAAAGCCUCCAACAUAAGCCAUCAUUAUCAAGCCGUUAACUCAAGUCCCUCAACUGUCAAGCACCAUUGGACCAUCCAUUCAAUGUUUCAAUCAGCUAAUACCACCUCUGACCUGCAUCCCACUCCCUUUCCACAUGGCAGGCCAAGCACAUCAUGAGCUGCUACUGGGGGGCCAGCAGCACGGCGGCGGAGCGCCACGACCCCAGCCUGCCCUACCUGGAGCAGUACCGCAUCGACAUGGGACAGUUCUGCCAGCUGUUCGGGGCCCUGGGCACCUGGCUGUGUGGCACGCACACCGCCACGCUGGCCGCUCGCCACUUCCGCCUGUUGGACAGCAACAAGGACGGCCUCAUCAACUUCAAAGAGUUUGUCACAGGCCUGAGUGAGUUUGGAGAUUUGAAUUAAGGAAUUGCAACUUGCUGCUGUUGAAGAUAGUAACUGACAUGGGUUACAACAUUGAUGUUUUGGCUGUCGGGGGGGGAGGGGGGUGCAGCUGGUUUUGAGUUUCGAGACCAAUUAUGUGCUAGUUUGUAGAAGCAUAAGUCCCAGUGCCUAAUUUGACUGGUUGAUUAUAAGAUUAUUAUUAUUAUUAUUAUUAUUAAUUAGCAUGGAUCCCACCUCUGCUGCCAAUUAUGUAACUGACCAACCAUAUGUCUCCCAUCAGGUGGGAUGUACCACGGAGACAUGACAGAGAAACUGAAGUUACUGUAUAAACUUCACCUGCCGCCAGGUAAGCAGGGGAAAAACACAACUCUUAUGAUAAACUCAUUGCAGACAAUACUGCAGGAUAUUGACACUCCCAUUCUGACUUCUCACUAUUUGGCUUCAUACACUUUUCACUAAGAAACAGAGUUCUAUUGAAUCAACAAAUGCAGAGGAAGUGAGCCUGCAGUCAGCCAGCAAGCACACACUCUUGUGACCCUGUGUUUUGGGUGGUGUGUUUGUAAAGCGACAGACACCAUGUAUGCGCAUAAGAGAAGAAUUGUCUCUCUCAAAUCAAAUUUUAUUUGUCACAUGCCUAAUACAACAUGUGUAGACCUUACCGUGAAAUUCUUACUUACAAGCCCUUAACCAACGAUGCAGUUUUCAGAAAGAAAACAGUUCAGAAAAAUAUUUACUAAAUAGACUAAAGUGCAAAUAGUCUGUGUAGCCAUUUGAUUAACUGUCAGCAGUCUUAUGGCUUGGGAGUAGAAGCUGUUAAGAAGCCUUUUGGACCUAGACUUGGUGCUCCGGUACCGCUUGCUGUGCGGUAGCAGAGAGAACAGUCUUUGACUAGGGUGGCUGGAGUCUUUGGCAAUUUUUAGGGCCUUCCUCUGACACCACCUGGUAUAGAGGUCCUAGAUGGCAGGAAGCUUGGCCCCAGUGAUGUACUGGGCCAUACGCACUCCCUCUGUAGCGCAUUGUGGUCGGAGGCCGAGCAGUUGCCAAACCAUGCGGUGAUGCAACCAGUCAGGAUGCUCUCGAUGGUGCAGCUGUAUAACUUUUUGAGGAUCUGUGGACCCAUGCCAAAUCUUUUCAGUCUCCUGAGGGGGAAUAGGCGUUGUCGUGCCCUCUUCAUGACUGUCUUGGUGAUGUGGACGCCAAGGAACUUGAAGCUCUCAACCUGCUCCUCUACAGCCCUGUCGAUGAGAAUGGGGUGUGCUUGGCCCUCCUUUUCCUGUAGUCCACAAUCAUCUCCUUUGUCUUGAUCACGUUGAGGGAGAGGUUGUUGUCCUGGCACCACACUGCCAGGUCUCUGACCUCCCUAUAGGCUGUCUCAUCGUUGUCGGCGAUCAGGCCUACCACCGUUGUGUUGUCUGCGAACGUAAUGAUGGUGUUGGAGUCGUUCUUUGCCACGCAGUCGUGGGUGAACAGGGAGUACAGGAGGGGACUAAGCACGCACCCCUGAGGGGCCCCUGUGUUGAGGAUCAGCGUGGCAGAUGUGUUGUUGCCUACCCUUACCACCUGGGGGCGGCACGUCAGGAAGUCCAGGAUCCCAUUGCAGAGGGAGGUGUUUAGUCCCAGGGUCCUUAUUUAAGUGAUGAGCUUUGAGGGCACUAUGGUGUUGAAUGCUGAACUGUAGUCAAUGAACAGCAUUCUCACGUAGGUGUUCCUUUUGUCCAGGUGGGAAAGGGCAGUGUUGAGUGCAAUGGAGAUUGUGUCAUCUGUUGGGGCGGUAUGCAAAUUGGUGUGGGUCUAGGGUUUCUGAGAUAAUGGUGUUGUGAGCCAUGACCAGCCUUUCAAAGAACUUCAUGGCUAUAGACGUGAGUGCUACGGGUCGGUAGUCAUUUAGGCAGGUUACCUUAGUGUUCUUGGGCACAGGGACUAUGGUGGUCUGCUUGAAAUAUGUUGGUAUUACAGACUCGGCCAGGGAAAGGUUGAAAAUGUCAAUGAAGACACUUGCCUGUUGGUCAGCGCAUGCUCGGAGUACAUGUCCUGGUAAUCAGUCUGCGGCCUUGUGAAUGUUGACCUGUUUAAAGGUCUUACUCACAUCGGCUACGGCGAGCGUGAUCACAGUCGUCCGGAAGAGCUUGUGCUCUCUUGCAUGCUUCAGUGUUGCUUGCCUCGAAGAGCCCAUAGAAGUCGUUUAGCUCGUCUGGUAGACUUGUGUCACUGGGCAGCUUGCAGCUGGGCUUCCCUUUUGUAGUCUGUAAUAGUUUGCAAGCUCUGCCACAUCUGACGAGCGUCGGAGCCGGUGUAGUAGGAUUCAAUCUUAGUACGUACAGUCACUGUAGGGACAACGUCAUCAAUGUGGGUGUGUUACCAUAGUGUUUCAGAGAGGGAUCAAUUGAGCAGUUUUGGAGAAAAUGUGUGUGGUGUGGGAAUGAGUGACAAUGUGUAUUUUAUUAUAAUAAUACAUGCUAGUGCUAACAUGCUUCUUCUUUCUCUUACAGCAUUGUGUCCAGAGGAGGCUGAGUCAGCACUAGAGGCUACACAGUUCUUCACUGACGAUGACACUCAACAGGGUACACACACACACACACACACACACACACACACAUUGCUGUUGACUUAUGCGUAGAGAAUACACUCUUAUAUUUCUAUAGGAGGGAAUACACACACACACACACACUUGGUAACCAUCUCUCAUACUGUAGUUUGCUCACAAUGUAAAUGUGAUAUUUGACAUGUUGGUGAGAUUUUCUACUUGAGGCAAUGUGUGGUUCCUACAGUCCUGCUCCCUUGCAUGUGUGUGUGUGCAUGGAAAACAGAUUUCUACUACUUGAUUUAACUGAUAGAAUGUGUGUUCUCAUCAUCAUGGUAUUGUUGGAUCUGUUUCCUCUCCUCCCUCCCUCACUUGCUUUCUGUCUUGAUCUCUCUCUAUAUUGCUCUUUCUCUUUUAUUUCUCUCUCAUUUCUAUAAUCUCUUGCUCUCCCCAUCUCGUUUCGUUUUCUUCUCAACGCUCCAGAAUCUCCCUUCCUGUCUGAUCUGGACUUCCUGGUGCAGGAAGUGACCUCAGGUUUGUCUCUCUGUGACUCUCUGUGUCACGAAGACACGUUUGAUCAACAAAAUGGUGGCCACGCUGUCUUCAGGCGGAAUAGUCAAUCUAAUAUUCCAAUAAUCUGCCAAUUUCUGAAACAAUUAUUAGUUGUAGUCCAUAGAGGACACUCUCUAACCUGUUAAUAACCUCCCCAUGUGACAGAGCACACAAUCAUACCAGCAGAUUACACAACUUAAUACAGAGUGGAGACCCCCCCCCCCCUCAUUUCCUCUCCCUGUCCACUUGGUACAGUCCAUUCUGGGCUCUCUUUGGUAUGUUCUGGUGUGAAUGACAUCACAUCUCUUUCCCCUUAUCUGAGCAGCUGUGGUACCUGCAUCUCAGAGCUAGGAAUUUCCAUCCCUGCCUGUUACCCUCCUAGUAUCUGUGGGCUAGUUGACUCACCUCAUCUUCAGUGAAGUGGAUGUCUCACAAACUAACACAAAAAUCAAACUAACUGUAAUCACCCUACACUGGAAAGACUACCCCCCCCCCCCCCCCACCACCUUCCAAUCUCUGUCUAGAUAACCCACUUUAUUACCUGUCACUCUGUAGUGUGUACACUGGUGUGGAUGGUCUGAGUAGUGGUUUUGUGGACAUGAUGAUGGUGGUGGUUGUCUCUGUCUGCAGGAGAGGAGGUUAAAGAGGCUGGGGAAGCGUUGGGAAGUGGAGAUGCAGAGGAGAAGAAAGGUGAGCCUCACUCUGCCUAUGUUAAUUACCUUUCUGCAGUAUUGUUAUUCUUCCUUGUCCUGCCCUCUGCAGGAUUCAAGCGGUAUUGCUUUACGUAGCCAGUAUAAAAUUGUGAUGUCUGUUUCAGAGGUGAAGGACUAUAAGUAUUACCUGAGGAUGUGGGCCAAGGAGAAGGAGCCCAAGAUUGAGACCAUUAAAGACCUUCCCAGGAUGAACCAGGUACAUACCACAGUACUGAGAGAUGACCAUAACUUGACCACUCAUGCACACUUGGAGAAGCCAUUUCUGUGAGAUCCCCUGUGUGUGUGUGUGUCCCCUACAGGAGCAGUUCAUAGAGCUGUGUAAGACCCUGUACAACAUGUUCAGCGAGGACCCACUGGAGCAGGAACUCUACCACGCCAUCGCCACUGUGGCCAGCCUGCUGCUGCGCAUCGGAGAGGUGGGCAAGAAGUUCACCAACAACGGCGCCAAGAAACCAACUGACGCCACCAACACCCAGGCUCCCACCCCCGCCGCUGAACUGCCCCAGCCCGAAAAAGAGGAGUCGAAUGGGGAAAGCAGCUCAGGACAGUCCCUGGUCUGUAAGGCCUUGGCGGAGGCCCAGCAGGAAACACCGCCCCAGCAGACGUCGGACGAAGAAGUGAAGGAUGACACGUCGGUCUCGUCCUACUCCAUGGUGAGCACGGGUUCGCUGCAGUACGAGGAUAUCGCCGACGACACAGUCCUGAUUGGCUGUGCCGGCGACCAGCAGCGGCGAGGCAGCACGCUGGAUGGCGAUUGGUCCAUCACCUUCGAGCAGGUGCUGGCGUCGAUGCUCACCGAGCUGCCCCUGGUGGACUACUUUGAGAAGAAGGGAGACAUUCAGGCAAGGAUGGCCGCCUGUAAAAUGCAAAGGGGGGUGGAGAGGCAGGUGAGCUCGUCAAGCGACCACGAGUUGGCCCAGCUCUCGACCUGA